AUUUUUCAUUUUUAGUGGCGGUACGAUUGAUUAUUCGAAUCCCUACGUUUUUUGACUAGGUUUUGAUGGGAAAGCGAUGCUUGAAGUUAAUUUGUGACGUUUUCGAGCUUAUGAGAGAAUUUGUGCAAUGCCGACGGUUCAUUUUCACUGACGCCUCAGUCACUCUACCGCUGACUGCAUGAGAAGAUGGCGUUGUUUGGCACGCAGCGAAUAGAGGCAAGAAAACCCACAGAAUUUGAGAAGAACUUCUCUGCUUUAGAAUUUGAGAUUCGACAACUAGCAUUGCAGCUUGAAAUGGAAAAGAAGGCUUUUGAAGAGACUGAGAAGCUUAUAGUUGAGAAAGAGGGUGAAAUCAAGCAAAAAGAAGAUGAAAUGUCAAAUAAAGACGUUGAAAUAAGACGUUUACACAAGCAGUUUCGGCACAAUAAAGAGACUUGUGAAAGCUUGAAGAAAACGUGCAGCAUAUUUCAUGAUCAAGUUGCAGGGAUGGAGAAAGUUCUGGCUGAAGAGAAGAGAAAGACAGAGACAAGAAAGUGUGAGCUCCAAGGACAUGUGAUCAAGUAUGAAGAACUGUGGAUGCAGUACCAGUUGAAAUACGAGAGCUCCAAGCUCGCUCAAGAAGUAAAGAAAUGUAAAGAAUCAACAAAAGAAUAUGAAGAAGAAGUUGACAUGCUCAGCAAGGAAGAGGAGGAACUAAGUACAAAAAUCAAAGCCACGGAAUCACUGUUACCCCUCAAUCAGUGGGUAAUUCAUAUAGCCAAGGUGCGAUGUGAAACAAGUUCAAUUGUGUCUGAAAUGAUGGCAGUGCAGCGUGUUCUUCACCAGAAGCAGAAAGACCUGCAGGCGAAGCAGCAGACUGAGACGCUACAGCAAUGUAACAUCGAAGAAUUGGACAAAAUGACAAUCGAGUCACAGCACAAGACAGCAAACGGUUUGGAUCAAAUUCUAACUCAAUCACAAGGUUUUUCCACAGAUGCACGCAGUCGUGCUGAUACACAACCUGUGAGUCCACAUUCAACAAGGAUGCUCGCCUCUUCGUUUCGGCUUUUCAUUCCUCAACUUCAGUCUUUGUCUGUGAGGACGGAUGCCAACACUAGUGCAAGUACUGCUCCAUCUGCUGCUUCUCAAAUUGUAGUGCCGAAGCUGACGUCACCGGCAGAACGUCUUGUUGUUAAUCUCAUCACAAGCAGAGAGGAUCAACACACAGUUUCUUCUCUACUGAACGUAGAGAAUAAUAACAACAAUGAUGACAGUUUGGAACAGUCACAGACUAUGACAGUGACUGACAGUUGUCAGAGUGACGAAUUAAUUGAGAGUGAACAGCAGAGUUGUCUCACUCACAUCGAGCAGUGUGGCACUCCAACAAAUUUGAUGGUAGUACCUUCACAACAAUCUACUCCAAUGGAAAUUGAAGUCACUGAUUCUGCCAUGUGCCAGAAGACUCACGAAUCAAUCAGACGAUUUAACACAGACUCCCCUAUUAAUUUUUCAUACGAGAGUCGACCAAUGUUUCAAGCUAACAGUGUGGCCACAAUGCCUUCACACAGACAAGAGCAAGAGAGAGUCGGUGAAUCGAAUCUUUCAGCUGCUGUGACUCGUGAACCACAAAGGUCUAGUGCACAUGCACAACUCGGUCUUUGGAUGUCACCAGACAUCAACCCUCCAGUCACUGUACCAUCCUUAUCGCCACAACCAGAAACAGGGUCUGCUUCUGACUUCUUCAGUUUCUCCACCCCUUCAGUAUCCAACACACCAAGUCACUUCCCACCAAAUACACCAAACAUUAGCUUCUCUACUCACUCAUUCUUAACCGAGGGGUCGCCGCAAACAACCUUUGGUCUCGGCUCCCUGUUUGGCAACAACAGCCCCAUGUCACAGUCAACGGAGGGAGGGACGACAACAAGCCAAGAAUUCUCGUUCAACAUGACGGGAGGAGGUGAGGCAGAGAGUGGAGUAAGUUCUCUGUUCUAA